UUCUAGAGAUCGAAGGAUGGCUUGUGUAGCAGUAGCUUCUCUUCUGAGAACAAUAGAGCUUGAGUUCUUGCAAUAUUACCCUCGUCCACUUGUACUGCACGAUGAUCUCAUCUCUCCCAACAAAGACUUGAUCCAAUCUUUCCACCAAAAGCUUGGAUCUCUCAUAAGUCAGCUCGAUGAGGAAAGAAUCAAUAUGGAUGGUGUUGAAGCAUUUAAACGCGUGGAAACCAAGCUCAGGGAUUUAGCUUUCAGAGUGGAAGAUGAAAUCGAAAUCCUAGUAGCACACCUUUAUGAUUCAGAGGAAGAGGAAGUCAAAAUAGCAGAUCUCGUUUUUAAAGAGAAAAAACCACAGAGGGACACAGAAGGGGAGAAGACUCAGCCUUAUUGUGUGAAACUUCAUCAAGUUUUGCAAAGUGCAAUGAAAGAAAUUGAAGCCAUCAAGGAAGAGUUGGUGAAAAUCAAGGCAGAAGCAGGAAGAAAGACAGCCCAUGAUGUUCUACAAAGGUCUCAACUUCUUUCCUCCCACCAUGCUUCACACUCCAAGGAAAAAAUGGUCGGGAAAAAAGACGAGUUUGAGAUAAUCAAGAAGCUGCUAACUGAACUUGGAUCUAAGGAAAAAAAAGUUGUAUCAAUUAUAGGUAUGGGAGGAAUCGGUAAGACAACUUUAGCCAGACGAGUCUACGAAGAUCCAUCAAUUUUUCUCCACUUUGAUGUGCGAGCGUGGGUUGUUGUGUCACAGCUUCACAACAAGAGGCAAAUGCUUGUAAGUCUUCUUAAUUCAAUUUCCAAACAAGACGACAUAGAACAGUCCAGUGAUGAGGAACUUGCUUUAAAACUCUACCAAUGUUUAAAGCGUCAAAGGUACAUGGUUGUGGUUGAUGAUGUGUGGACUGGUGAGGCAUGGGAUGAUGUUAGCAAUUGCUUUCCUGAUGAUGGAAAUGGGAGUCGAGUAUUAUUAACUACUCGCCUCGCAGAAGUGGCAAAUUAUACUAGUUUCGACAAUGACUUUUCUCAUCAUAUGCAAUUAUUGGAUCAAACUGAUAGUUGGAAUUUAUUUUGUGAAAAGGCAAGUAAAUCUCGUGAUGCUAAAUUUGAGAUAAUUGGGAGGCCAAUUGUUGAAAAAUACAAAGGAUUGCCUCUAGCAAUAUUUGUAGUUGCCGGACUGUUCUCCAAACUCAACACACUAAAUGAGUGGGAGAAUAUUGCAAAAGCUCUAGAGUCUUCUACAACAACUAUUGCUGCAACAUGUUCAAAAGUACUCUCACUAAGCUACAAUCACUUGCCUCACCACUUAAAGGCAUGCUUUUUAUAUUUAGGGAUUUUUCCAGAAGAUUAUGAGAUCAAUGCUAAUGAGCUUUCAAGGUUAUGGUCUGCGGAAGGACUUGCAAAGGCAUCCGAGAAUGAAAACUUUGAUGUAGUGGCUGAAAGGUACAUACAAGAACUUAUGGAUCGAAACCUAAUUCUUGUGAGAAAGUGGAGUUGUUGUGGAAGAAGAAUUAAACUGUUUGGGGUGCACGAUUUAUUGCAUGCCUUUUGUGUGAAAGAAGCUCAAAAGGAGAACCUUCUGUAUGUUGUUCGAGAAAAUGGUUCAGAUUUUCCUCAAAGAUGCUUCCGUUGGGUAAGCAUACAAUCAUCAAAUUUUGAUGUGACUACACUAUCUUAUUCAUCAAGAAGCUGUCGGUCCAUCUUCUGUUUUUCCCAAGAAUACAUAAGCUUAAACUUGGAACAGUUCAAGCUAUUGAGAGUAUUCUUCUUAAUUAGGUCUGACAAGUACAGAUAUAUUAUUUUUGUGGAUCUUGUCCAUUUGAGAUAUUUACCUUCUGCGCUUGAUAAUGAUCAAAAUAUUAAAAAACUGUUCAAGGCUUGGAAUCUUCAAACAAUAUAUAUUUCUCUAAAUCAUAGGAACUAUUUGGAGUUUCCACAACUGCAAUAUUUUUAUUGUACAUUUAUUAGGGUAUAUCCUCCCACAUUUGUUCAUCAAAGGUUGCAUAGUCUCUCAUGGUUACACAUGUUCCAAACGUAAAGAAGAUACGGAUUCACGGUGAAAGAAGAAAGUGCAGUGAUUGCAUCGAGAACCUUGUCAGUUUACAGAAGCUGGAGAAACUGUAUAUUUUUGCUAAUAACUGGGUUUAUACGAGUCCAAACAUUUUCCAGAUUAACAGCCAUAUUGUUCUCUUGAAAAACCUUAAGAGGUUAAGAUUGGAAGCUAAUUGUUUUGAGUGGAAUGAAAUUAAUGUUCUUUGCAAGUUGCCUAAGUUGGAGGUGCUCAAGUUAUAUUCUCAUGCCUGUGUAGGCAAACUGUGGGAGCUACUAGAGGAUGACAAAUUUUGCCAGUUAAUUGUUUUGCAUAUUUCUCAAACUGAUCUCAAGGAUUGGAAAGUCACUGGUGAUCAUUUCCCAAAACUUGAGCACCUCUUCCUUAUUUCAUGCGGGAUAUUGAAAGAGAUCCCUAGUAAGUUUGCAGAAAUUUCAGGAUUGAAAUCAAUAUAUUUAAGGAACUGUCCGACUUCUGUGGUGGUUUCAGCCCAAGAAAUCAAGGAAGAACAACUUGAUUAUUUGAAUAAUAUUGUGGAUGUGGUUGUGGAGGAGUAACAUGGCUACUCUCUGGUGAUUUUUGAGCCUGAGUCUGAUGAAGUUUAGUUUGAUGGAUGAAAUUGAGUUGUGCCAGAAGAGUAGAAGGAGGAAAGCUUGAGAAAAGAAGACUAGAGAAAACCGGUUCACUAUGAUACAUUCUUCCUCAACACUAUGAUGUAUUAUUUAUCUAGCCACUGAGGGGUGGGAAGAAAGAGGCCGGGUUUGCAAACUGAUCGAGCUGACUGAGCUGUAAUGAUUGAAGGAAUACAUUCACUAAUUGUUGCCAUUGGAAAACAAUGUCAUUUCAAAGGCACUUCGAGACAGUUUGGUAUUUUGAUCAUAUCUUAGGUUAGGAGUGUCCAAAUUAGGUUAUUCAAGUGGCAUUGGAACGAAAAAUCAAAGGGCUACAAAUUUUCUAGAGACCACGAAGUCUAAUUCAGACAUUUUCAAGGUCAGAAUCAUACCACAAUUUACCGUGUGAUCCUAGGCGUGAUACCAACUUCAAAGAAGUGUUUAUGCCGUGAUGAAUCUCGUGACAACAACUCCAGAGGACUUUUUAUGCUCUUCAUGCCAUUCACCACGCGGUAACGAGGCUCGUGGUGAAAACUUCAAAGAACAGUUACUACUAAUCAUCACGCCAUUUUACCACGCGGUAACCAUGCUCGUGACGCAAAGUUAAAUUUUGGCUAUAAAUAGAGGCUUUUGAUCUCAUUUGUGGGGAAUCUAAAUUUUCACACUUUGUUAAUACUUGUAUUUUAGAUUUUAGAUGAUUUUUAGAACAACUUGACAACUUGAUAUAAGAAUUCUAGGGGGAUUUCAACUCACAAUUGUGAAGAUUUGCUUGGAGAUUGAAGAUUGUGAUUUCAAAGCUAAGUGUUCAUUUAAAUUAUAAUUUACUUUUCUUUAUAA